UGGAGGAAGAGCGGCACACACGCGCAGAGAAAACUCUCCUCAUUAACUAAUGAGCAGCGCUGCACACACUCACACACACACUGGAUGGAGGCGGUGGCUCUUUUCUCUUUCGAAGCUUCGGAAGCAGACGAGAUCAGUUUCCAGAAAGGGGACAUUAUCAAGGUGACAGAAAUGGAGGAUGAUUCUAAUUGGGUCACAGCAGAGAUCAAGGGGAAGCGUGGCUACGUGCCAGAGAACUACAUUUCCCUUCUUCCUUAUCCGUGGUUUGUAGGACGGGUGUCAAGACUGGAGGCCGAAAAGCGUCUCCGCUGGCAGGACACCGGAGUGUUCCUGGUGAGGGAGAGUGAAUCAGCUCCUGGAGAGUUUUCUGUUUCUGUUAGCUAUGGUGAGAGGGUGGAGCAUUUCCGGGUGCUGGAGGGGGGCGGUCAGUACUGCAUCUGGGACGAGACGUUCUGCUCCCUGAACCGCCUGGUGGACUACUACAGAACUCACAGCAUCGCGGCGGAGAAACUGGUCUUUCUGAGAGACGCUGCUGCAUCCCCUCACCUGCUGCCCCAUCCUGGACGUAACCCCUACCCCAACCCUUAUAAAACCACCUCUCAGGAGUCCCUCCUCUCAGCUAACCUCUACUCUCACCCCCCUCACCACGAAAGAGAGUCCUCCCAGCGUCUGCACGAACCAGUUGUGGGGAAACCCCGUCUGGCUCAUGCCCUCUGUGACUACACCCCCCCUCACACCGCCCACCUCCACUUCCUGCGUGGUGACAUCAUUGACCUGCUAGACUGCUCGAGCUCUCUGGCCUGGAGGGGGCGCUGUCGAGGUCGAGUAGGAAUCUUCCCGCCAGAAUACGUUCAGCCACUGUACCACUGACACCAUAUCAAACUGUCGCUGACACUCCUCUGUCAGGCUGUAGUGACUUACCUUUCGUAUACAACUAGUGAUUAAACAAUUAGUCCAAUAUGUGAUUAGUCCCAUAGACACAAAUGUUCAGUAUUGAUUGACAGCCUUUUCUCAUUAGCAAGUUGUCAAAUACACCAGCUUGAUUAUGGGCCUACACAGGGCCGUCCCUCCCUACAGGCCGAUCACGCAGACUGCGUGGGGCCUCACCUUGCGGAGGGA